AGGAAGGGUCAAUAAUAAAUGUUUAUAUUAAAAUAUACCAUAUAUAUAUGUAUAUAUCUAUUUCAAUAUCACUAAAAUUUAAUAAUAUACCAUAUAAAGUAAAUAAAAUGAUUGUUUUGAUUUCUUUACCAAAAAAUGAUUGUAAAUAAACAAAAGAUAUUGGUUUUGAUUUAUGUUCUUAAUGUAUAUACUUUUAUGUAUACAAAUUAAUUUUUAAAUAAGUAGUUUUUAAUAUGGUAUUUGAUUCUGACAAUCCCAGAAAUACAGUUCUUCAAAUUGAAGUGAUCUUUAAUAUUGGAAGCACUAUACAUGUAUAUAUUAUUUCAUUCAGAUUAAAUACUUUAAUCUUGAUUUUUAUUCCUAAAAGAAAAGUUUUUAGUAAAAUAUCAUGACAAGAUUCUAAUCACCUCUUUUUGAGUUUAUUCGAAGAAUGAGAGAUUUGAUCAUUUGUUUAGUAUUUGGUUCUUCCUAAUAUCCUAUCUACCUAUAUUACAAAUGUAAGAAUGAGAGAUUUUAACUAUUUAUUAUAAGUUUUCUGGUUUAUCAUUUAAUAAAUCAAACAGUUCUUACUUUAUACAUAGUUUACAUAUACUAGAAUCAUAAAGUAUUAUAUUUAUUUUUUAUCGGUAUACUAUUAAAUAACUAAACCUCAAAAAUGUAGGUUAAUAAAGUAAGUAAUUUUUUUUUCUAGAAUUAGAUAAUUUUUUGACCGAACUGGUGAAUAUAUACUAGACAAACAUUUAUAUUUCGAGUCUUCACUUAUUAUCUAUAACAGUUUGAUAUAUUAGAUUUGAAUACUAACCUGUAAAUAGAGUUUGUCGGUGGUUUUCCUUACAAAUUUGAUUCUUAGAUAUGUAUCUAUAGAGUGGAAUUAAUUUUUAUCCAUGUCCAUCUUUUUAAAUUGACUCUUAUGUAAUUCACUUAAUUCACAGAAUAAGUUAAAAAAACUCAUAUGAGUGAAACAUAAACGAGAACGAAAACAUAAUUUUAUAGAAGUAAAAUAUGAAAUCACUUAUGGAGAGUCAGUAGUAAACAAAUUGAGAGCAUAAAACCUAAUCAUUUUUCUUCAUUUUACAAUUGAUGUUGCCUAUCUGGUUUUUGUGAUUUGUGUCAGCCGCAAAAUUUAAUUUUUUUUGUGCAUAUGAAGUCUUAAAAAUAAUUAAAAUAAGUUGUAAUACGUUAGCUCUUCAACAACGAUGAUACAUUUAAGAGACCAAUAUUUGUAAUCGUAAUUUUACAAUUGAUAAAGAUUGUAGUGUUGCAAAAUAUUAAAAUUAUUUAAUGAACAAAAAUUAGUAUAAAAGAUUCAUUGCGCGCAUGCAGGCAAGUUGUCAUCUAGUGGCAGGUUAAAACAAGGUAUUUUCUAUAUCAUGGCAGGUUGAACUAUAUGUCUAUUAAUGGAAAGUAUUUGAAGGUAGCAUAUGUAGUUUACUUUUUGCUGUAUAAGGAUCAUAUGUAGUUUUUCAAAGAUGGCUCUAAUUUAAUACUCAACAUUAAACUUCAUGGAUCACUAAAAACUACAGUCUAAAUCCAUACAUAAACAUAAAAUGUUGAUUUGGACAUGCCUGUUAUUAGUACUAGAUUACCGAAUUCAAAGUUUGAUCUAUUGUUUCGAUAAGAAAAAGUUCAGUAAUAUUGUUAACCUUGUGACACAUAUUAAGUUAUGAAUAUCUAUUCUUUUUUUUUUUUGAACAACGAAUAUCUAUUCUAAUAACUGUGUAGUUUAUGUAGUUAUACAUUUUAUUUCUGUAGCAAUUAGCGAGCAUAUUAUGAACCCGACCGUAAAUUCAAUGUCCCCGAGUGUUUUCAAUCUUAUCUGUAUGCAAAAAUUCAUUUCUAUUUUAGUCCAUUCAUCUCCAAAUAGAGUUCGAAAAAAGCUCCUAAUAAUGAAUAGUCUGCCAUUAGUUAAUGCUUUGGUAAAACGAAAACCUAAUCCUGACUAAGAUAUUAUCUACAAUAAAGUUGAAUAACCUAGUGAGAUUCUCCAAUCUUGAUCCCAUAAUUCUGUUGAAAACCCCCGUUAACUGUGAAUACCGCUAUAAUCAUGGCUCAUCAGUUAUCACAUUGGUCAUAAUUCGGGAAUAUCAUCCGACCUAUAAUCUUUUUGCUUACUUAAAUUUCUGUGUUUAACAAAUAUGAGAUAAUAUACUCUUAAGUUAAGCAAUAAGAUAAGCAGAAUGCAUCGAGUCAUAACCGAGAAACGACAAAAUAUGCUUUGAAGACUAAGUUGUAUCGCCCACAAUAAUUAGCUGUUCAUAUCUAAGGGAAUCAAGACUUGGUUACUUAUUAAUUAAUUAGGAAGGUGAUUGCAAUUGGUGUCACAAGUGUUGACUUUGUCCAUUAUUCGUCAUGUUCACUAUAUAUACAUCCCAACUCCUCUCCCUCAUUCCCUCACUUCUUACAAGACUUCCAAGAAACAAAACUAACCAAUCUUCUUAAUUAAGAUUAAACUCUUAAUUAUUACUGUUAAGUUCUAAUAAAAAAAAUUAAAUGGAAGCCAUGGGAGAAUGGAGCAACAACCUCGGAGGAAUGUACACAUAUGCAACCGAAGAGGCCGAUUUCAUGAACCAGCUCCUUACCUCAUACGAUCAUCCUGGCACCGGCUCAUCCUCUGGUACGGCCAGUGCAGACCACCAGGGCUUGUGUUGGAGCCUUGGUUCUCAUCACAACCACCUUACCAUUAUGCCUGAAGCCAGUAGCUUCUGUUUUUCUGGUGAGAGCAGCAGCUACAGCGAAUACUAUGCGGUGGCACCACCCGGGGUUAGAGAGAACAACAAUGGGUCAAUGGACUUUGACAUGGUAGAUGUGACCAUCAACACCAACUCUUACCUUGUUGGUGAGGAGACUAGUGAGUGUGACGUUGAAAAGUACUCAUCUGGAAAGACUCGUUUGCCUUUGGGAGCCGUCUUGGAGACCCAUGAUGACGUGGAGAGCAUGUUGCAGCCCGAGAUCUCUGUGACUACUACUGAUCAUCAGAAGUAUCUCACCGGUUCCAAGAAGAGAUCACGUGCGACAUCCGCUGAUAAAAAUAAGAAAGCAAAAGUGGGUAAGAGGGGCCAAAAGAGCUUAGAGAUGAGUGGCGAUGACAGGAAUGGAGGGGAAGAGGAAGAAGGAGAGAAGGUGAAGAAAAGAAAGACUGGGCCUAUGAUGAGUAGACAGAACUCUAGCAUUACUUUAUGUUCUGAAGACGAAUCACACUGCGCUUCCCAGGACGUUGGAGGAGAAGAUGAAGAAGAUGCCUCCAAGGCCCUAAACCUCAACGGCAAGACCAGGGCUAGUCGUGGUGCUGCCACCGACCCUCAAAGCCUUUACGCAAGGAAAAGAAGAGAAAGGAUUAACGAGAGACUGAGGAUUUUGCAAAAUCUUGUCCCUAAUGGAACAAAGGUCGAUAUCAGUACAAUGCUUGAGGAAGCCGUUCACUACGUCAAAUUUUUACAGCUGCAAAUUAAGUUAUUAAGCUCUGAUGAUAUGUGGAUGUAUGCGCCGAUUGCUUUCAACGGAAUGGACAUUGGCCUCAACUCAUCAAGAUGAUGCGGAACUUCUGGUCAAUUAUAACAAAAUUAAUAUUCUUUUCAUUUUAAACAUUCUCCGCCUUAGGAUGAGUUGGAUUAAAAUUGCUCGUGCUUUGUUCAAUAUGAGAGAAAUGGAGAGGCACAUUCGCUUUUACUUUUUUUUUUUUUAUCACAUUCCAUUUCUUCAAUAAAGACUUGAGCCAUUCUUUUAUUUUAUAGAUGCUGAUGUUUCUAUCAAUUCAGUCUAGUUGCCGUUAUUAUAAUUUGACCUAUAAUUUAAUGUAUCUUGACCAUCCCACUAUAUAAAAGGGACUAAUUUAGGAUGUUAUAAAGGAUACCACAUGGGCGAAAUAUUCUCAGCCAUUCAUUCUGCCACGUCACGUCGACAGUGGGUCCUCCGUGUUUUAUUGUUUUUCGAGUGGGUUUACGGUGUGUUUUGUUUUGUUUUGAUUUGGGCUUUCACAUGUUAUUGGUUGGCCCAAUCUCUAAAUGGAAUGACGUAAGUGAUGCGUUGUUUUUACCGAUUCCUCUUCUCGCUAGCACAUUAAUUAGUGAACCCUGUUUCUUAAAAAAGGUUUAACCAUGUUAAUCGUACAUCUUUCAUGGGAAUAACCUCAAUCGUGAGGCGUUUAGGUGAGAGGAAACGACGAGAUAGCGAUUUCUUUAGGUUACACCGUGAUUGGAAAACCCUAGCUUAGAUCCUCUAGACUCAAUCCAAGCCUAAAGGUUCGUCUCUUCACCUUCUCCUUAGAUCUGCUUCAUAAUCAUCUUUCUCGAUUCGCCGAUGCUUUGAAUGGUUGACACUAGGCAGAUUUUUGUAGAUUUUCGAUUCGUUGCACCGUUUCUCAAUACCAAUUGAGAUUCGUGUUCUAAUAUUGCUGAAAUCGAUUACGAGGUCUCUUAUCAAAGGUUGUGCAGAACCCAAGAAAGUUUAGAUCACUGACGGUGACCUAGGGGAUUCGUUUGAGAUGUCAAGCUUUCACGUGGGAGGAAAGGUAGUGGACAAGGUCGACUUGUGUAGGAAGAAACACUGGGCGUGGCCUUUGGAUGUUUGGCCGUUUGCUAUCCUCUAUGCUACGUGGUUGGCUACAAUCGUGCCUAACGUAGAUUUCAUCGAUGCUAUGAUCGGUUUUGGUGAUCUUCUUGCUUCUCACAUCUUAGUCUUGCUUUUCUCUAUGUGGUCUGUGGAUUUCAAGUGUUUUAUCCAGUUUAGCAAGGUUAACAGUAUCAUCCAGGCAGAUGCGUUUAAAGUCACCCCAGCCAAGUUUUCUGGUUCUAAAAAAGUUGUGCCUCUUCAUUUUCGUAGCCAAAUGACUGGUUCGUCAUCCUCAGGAGACAUGGAAUAAAUUUUUUUUGACUUCAGAAAGCAGCGUUUUAUGUACUCAAAAGAGUUAGGAGCCUUUUCCAAGCUUCCUUACCCCACAAAGAAAACAUUUGGUCAUUAUCUAAAAUAUAUUGGCCAUGGUACAUAAGAUAAAGUUGCAACAGCCACUGAGAAGUGGGGAAGGAACGUGUAAGACAACUUAUCACUUUUAUAUACAUGUUUUUAUUAUAAGUUCAUUUUAUGGUCGACAAUUGAUGUUUUUAUUGGCAAUUCUUUUUUGCAUGUCUCUUAAUUUCUGCAAUCAGUUUGUCUUUUUUUUUUUUGUGUCUAACUAACUUUUCUUUUCCAAACAUUUCUCUUUCUGAAUAUAUCCAAUCCAGAGCAUGGUUGUUCUUUUUUCUUAAUAAAAUGUUGGAUCCGUCAAAGCCGGAUCCGGAUCCAGAUCCAGAUAUUUUAAUUUUUUAGUCCGGAUAUCUAGAUCCGUAAGUUUUAUUAAUAACUAUUUCAAAAAUAAUAAUAUCUAUAUAUAAAAAUUAAUUUUAUUUAAUAUAUUUCAUUUUUAAUAGUAUAUAUAAAUUUUAUGUAAAUUAUGUAAUAUUAUACAUAAAAAAAUUUAAAAAAAUUAUAUAUUUUUUAUUUUUAAAUUAUUGUUAAUAUUUUAUAUAUAUUAAUAUUAUUUUUUAUUUAUUUUAAGGAUCCAGAUCUUUAUCUGGUGGAUCCAUAAUUUAACUAUCCUUAUCCGGAUUCGGGGUUCUCGGAUAUCCGGAUGUCGGAUAUCCUUCUAAAAAUUGUAAUAUCCGGCGGAUAUCUGAUCCGUCCUAGGCAGAUUCAAAAUUGAAAAUCUGUUUUGUAAUUACACAAUGUGUUAAAUGGAAAAAUAUUAAAAUUUCAUAUUUUAUUUUCAAAUCAAACAAAAACAUAAAAAACAAAAACAUAAAAAAUAAAUAAUCAGAAAACAGGUUAAAUAGAUAUGUAAACAUUUACAAAAUUUAAUAAAAUAUUAAAAUAAAACAAUUAACAUAUUAAGUCAAAAAAUCAAAAUCAAAAUUUUAAAUAAAAAUAUAUAAU